ACUUUUGAUCACAUACAAAAUAUCUGUGGAAAGUAAUCCAAAACAACAAAUGUGUGCGCGCGGUUAUAAAAGUAGUUUAUCAUUUCAUUGCAGCAGAUUCGUUAAAAGUUAAAAGUUCCUUAAUAAACCAUUUGAGCAACAAACUCCACAAGUACGUGCAUUCUAGAAUAAUUUCACCUCGAAACAUCAUUUGGAUGCUCCAGCAAAGCACACCUUUUUUUUUUAGCUUGACUCCCGCAGCGUCACAAACCGACUGGGCUUCAUUCCUUUCUGAGUCAAACGUCGAUUUGAAGCAAUAGAUGUCUUUUGGCACAGAUAGCUACGACACGUUUGCAUGCAGGGGGCCCAUUGUUGCUCCUCACUGGCCCCCUCCAGGUGGCUCCCUACUGUAGGAUGGUGCUGAGACAACACUAAAACUUUUAAGACCAAAGUGUGACACACAGCACAACAGCUCAACCAUGAGGGACAGACUGAGCUACAUGCAGGAGUUGUCCAGCAACCAUGAGGAGGAAAAGAAGGAGACCGGGGAUUCUGUCUUUUCAGACACUCUGAGCAACGUGGACCUGGAGGACGAGCUCCCCCACGAGGCGGUGGUGUUUGACAACAGCCCCGCUAUGGCCAAGGUAUUUUCUCAGGCACAGGACAUCCACAAAGAAGUCCAGCUCAUUCGUCUGGAGGUGAAAAGGCUCAGGGAGCAGAACUCUCGUAUACUCCAGGGUGUCAGCACCAUGAGUAUCAUCAAAAGGGACGCCAAUGCAAUUGGCGCCGAUAUAAAAACACGGGCUGAACGUGUGCUGUCGCACCUGCGGGACAUGGAUAGCACGGCCUACAAGUUAGAAGAGGAGCACGGCUCCAACUCCGCCAUUGCCCGCAUCGCGAGAACGCAGUACGCCUCCCUGAGUAAUAGCUUCCGCGACGCCAUGUUUGACUACAACGAAGCCGAGAUGAGCCAUCGCGACAACUGCAAAUCUCAGAUCCAGAGGCAGAUGACGAUCGUGGGCCGCGAUGUGACGGGCGAUGAGGUGGAGGAAAUGAUCGAGCAAGGUCAGUGGAACAUCUUCACCGACAACAUCAUGGCAGAAGGCAAGACUGCCCGCUCUGCGCUGUCUCAGAUAGAGUCGCGCCACCAGGAGCUGUUGGAUCUGGAGAACCGUAUCAAAGGGAUCCACGAGAUCUUCCUGGACGUCGCCUUGCUGGUGGAGGAGCAGGGCCCCAUGCUGGACUCCAUCCAGACCAACGUGCAGAAAACGGACGAGUACAUACAGGACUCCCUUUUCAAACUCGGCAAAGCCAAGCGUCACGACAGGAAUAAUCCGUUUAAGAAGAUGUUUUGUAGUUGCUUCCCGUGCUUUGAUUAACAGGCAUUGGGAGGAGCAUGCAGAUCUACUCUUGUUUCUCCAGGAAGUUAAAACCAUCACAUUUUUGUCGCUGUGGUUUAGAAUAUGUACCUUAAACCAGGAAACUAGAGAAAUACUGUACAACACAAUUAAAUGGGCUUAGUCACUUUAACAAUCCAAUUGUAAUUUGCUAUGCUCACUAAAGUAAGGUUUCCUACUGUGUGUAUAUAUAUAUAUAUAUAUAUAUAUAUAUAUAUAUAUAUAUAUAUAUAUAU